UCCGCGUGAGGUUGCGCGCGACAAUGACGUGUUUCACGCCGCUGCGUGCGGAAGCCUCGAGUGGUUGAGUUUGAGUCUGAAGAGAGCGCAGAAACCACUGCACACUGACAGACACGUGUGUACUUCAUCAUCUACAGUAGACACUUCAUCAACUCACCUGGUCUGACUGUUCUUCACAUAGCAGCACUCUAUGGACAUUUGGAGUGUAUGAAGCUCCUGCUGGACGCUGGUGAUGUUGUGGACGUCAAUGCUGGCUGUCCUCAUGGACGCAGACCCAUACACAUGGUGUUAACCGCUCAGAGUCGACCCCACACACACGCCUGUCUCACCUACCUGCUGGAACAUGAAGCACAGACCAAUGUAAGGACAGAUGAAGGGUUGAGUCCACUGCACCUGGCUGCUGCUGAAGGUCUGAGAGACUGCGCUGAGACACUCGUGAGAAAUAAAGCAGACACACAUGCUCGAGACAACAGAGGUCACACGGCGCUUGACCUCGCUCGUAUCUGGGGUCACAGGUCCAUUGCCAGGUUUCUGAAAGAUGCCAUGUGGAAGAAGGACAAAGAGCAGGAGAUGGAGAAACACAAACAGCUGCAUCAUCUCCGACAGGACCUGCUCACAAUGACAGAGAGCAGAGAAAAGAUGGUCAGAUUGACUGUGAAGAGGCAACACCCCAUAAAUGUCAAGCAAACCCCCAGACAUGCCUUCUGUCAACCCGCUGAGCCAGAGAUGCCAGACGAUCCCAGAAAAUGUCACCCUAAACCGACAGAAAAUUCUAGCAUCUCACCCAUCCCUUCCAAACCUCCUCCGGGGAGCAUCGGUCGAUCUCGGGGGGUUCCAUCGGAGACAAAUUUGCGUCAUAGCGUGAGGCUCGACUGCUGGAAAGAUGGCCGCUCUCGAUACAUGGCAUCAUGGGAUGGCGUUGAACGUUCAUUGCCCGACCUGCCACUGAACGAUCUUCUGAAAGGUCUGUUUCCAUCUGCGUUCCCAUCACGGAUCGAAUCUCCUCGGGAUUUUCAGAGUUCUAGCGUGCUGGAUGUGCCUCGGUUAGGCCGGACCUUAAAACCGGAUGGAUCACCGUGGACCGAGGUGGCAAUGCAUCUUACAGAGGAGUUCCAGCCAGGACACUAUUAGACCAGCUGAAGAGAUCAAUAAAGAUGAUAUCGCUCAGAUGUCUUUCUUUCAUAGUUCAGGAGAUUUGAUGAGUAAUAUCAACUUCGUCUCCGAUGUUUCUCUUAAGAGAAUGAAAUGAGAGUGUAAUUGUUGAAACACAUGAAGACUCUGGAGGUGUAAACGAAUGUAGAUAAGAGGUGAAAUCAUCUGGAUUUGAGUCAAUUGGAUGAGAAAUGUUUGAGAUGAUAUUGAUCUUCAAUAAUAUUGAUUUUUGAUUGCAGAUGAGACAAAUCUGAGCUCAGUUUGACACACUGUUGAGAUUAUUUAUGAGACUCGAAUGACAGAGACAUUUGUGAGAGUGUUUUUCUCAGGAGAAAUAUCUGAGACGCAGACGAGACUUAAGCAAACGUUUCUAUUUGUUCUGGAGUUUAUUUCCAAAAAGAGAUCUCUGUUUUAAAACAAAUUCAAAAAUCAUGUUUUUUAUUGUGCAGUCCGGUUAAUAUCAAACUGCAGUUGGUUUGGUUUGGUUUGUUUUAAGCCAUGCCAACUAAAAAAAUACAGCUAACUAACACAAAACAACACAGUAUAAACAUGAUAACAUAAUAAAAAACAUAUUUUUGGAAACAAACUCUUCAUUUAGUCUCAAUUAUGUCUCCAAGAAACAAAAUCGUAUCAAGAUAUGAAAGAGCUCUCAUCUGUACAGCCGUUUAUGAUAUGCAGCCAUGAAUCAAUUUCUUCAAUGAGUAAAAGACAGUAAAUCUAGACAUAAUGAAGUUUGUGCGAUUUGUUUUCCAUGCAACUUUUAAUUCAAAGAUGCCAAUAUUCUUUGUUUUAAUUUUAUAAUUGAGUAGUUAUGUACCAGAAUCGUUACUUUUUAAAAGAAAAAAAAUGUGAGGGAUUCUUUAUGUCAUUUAAUUACCGUCAUUUAUGAUUACAAACUGAAUGUACUUUCAACAUUACUGUAUGAAACAAUAUUUAACUUAAAUCUAUAUUAAUAGAAAGUUUGAAUUAAAAAUGAGUCAGAAAUGGAUUAGAAAUUGUGUAGAAAUUCAUAUGAACAACCAUUUGCCCAACACUACCAGUAUGCUAUUCAAUGCUAAACAUCACUGACACAUUACAAAAGAGCUCAUGAGGACACAAAAACACCAGUUUGUCAAGGUCAGUUCCACCGUGACUCGGGUCACUGGACACUGGAAAACUCUCUGCUGUCGUCAUCAGAGGACACUUAACUCCAUUUUUGGACCACAUAAGAGCAUCCCCACGAUCACUUGACUGUAUGUUAGCUUCAACUAUUAUGAAACAAACCACAAAAUAACACCCGAGUGCAAACCGUUGUGUUAUGAGCCGACAUUUCAGCAUCCUCACACUUCACACAAUGUGUUUUCUCAUCCCAAUAGCCCUCCACUGACAUUUAGCAAAUUGACUUUAGCAAAUUUUUACAUUUAGAGUUUGAACAAAACACUUUCUCUUAAAAAAUGUUUUGAAUUAUUUUCCU